AUGGCCGCCAUAGAUGAGUUCCUGGAGCUCGAAUUAAUUAAAGCAUUGUCUCUCUCCUUUUGUACAGCCAAGGAGUUGUGUGGUCGUGCUGAGCUGCUACCUCCUGUUCCGAAGUGGCAGUACCGCAUAGUCUCAACCACUCACCCAACAAAACAGCUGCUAUAUUUGUACUGGCGCGAUCCAUUGGAUUGUAUCGAAUCGCUUUUUAGCCACCCGUUGUUUGCUAAAGAAAUAGAUGUCACGCCGCAACGUGUAUAUCACACAGUGGAACGCACAUCACGAAUUUACAAUGAAUGGCUGACAGGUGACGCAGCAUGGUCGAUGCAGUCACAACUUCCAGAUGGUGCGACAUUGUUAGGCAUCAUACUGUCCUCUGAUAAGACCAACAUCACCAACAUGACUGGUGGACGUGUCGCUCACCCGCUCCUGAUCAGCCUUGCCAAUAUCAAGAUGGCAACUCGAAACAAGGCAUCCUCACAUGCUUUCCUCCUAACAGCGCUGCUUCCAAUUGCUGAAUUUCUGCAUCCAGUGAAACGGAUGCAGAGUGUUCUUGAAGCCCGCUUAGUCCACCAGUGUCUAGAUAUCGUGCUAGAGCCGCUCAAGCAAGCUGCACGCAUCGGCCGGAUGAUGUCGGACCCACUUGGGAACCUCAGAUACUGUUUCACUCCCUUAGCUUCGUACAUUGUCGAUACACCCGAGGCAUGCAUGCUCGCAUGUGUCCGAGGAAAGACCUCACCGAUCACUAUGGCUAUGUAUGAAAACUUCGGAGACGCCUUCCAGCACUCCCCUCGAACAGCUAAAAUGACUCUCGACCAGCUUUCGAGCAUUAGUUUGUGA